CCGCGCCGCUCACCUCAUCACAACAUAUAAAAACAACAGUGCUCUCACUUCGAAAAGCCAUCUCACAUCCCAAUCCACACUCCAACUCUACCUUCUGCCAACCAGAUCCUCGCAACAAUGCCUCCAAAAGCCUUGUCCCACGUCUACGUCAUCGUCCAAGACGGUGCCCCGACCGCUGCUUACGCCGACGAAUCCGCCGCCAACGAUGCCGCCGACGAGCUCGAUGGCGCAGAGGUGCACGAAGUCGAGAUGAAGAAGGCGGAACCCAAGGCCAAGGCCACGAAGGCGGCGGCGGCCCCCAAGGCCAAAGCGGCACCGAAAGCCAAGGCUGCCGACGGCGACAAAUCCGAGCUUGCUGAACGCAUCGAAGAACUCCUCUCUGGCUCCGGCGACUCUCUUGCCGGCCAGACCGUCGUUGUGACCGGCGUCCCGACAGAUCCCCACGUCACUCGCAAGCAGCUCGACGCGUUGGUGACCGCCUAUGGCGGCAAGCUUGUCAAGUCAAUCAGCAAGAACACGGACCUCGUCGUGCUCGGCGCUAACGCAGGCCCGAAGAAGCUGGAUCAGAUCGAGGAACUGGGCAUCGAGACGCUUGACCAUGAUGAGUUUGUCGAGCGCAUUGGCGGUGAAGGAGGCGCGAAGAAGAAGAGGAAGACCUGAUCGACCUUGACCCCGAGCGACUUUGCCGACCUCGCUGUUCGAACGGUGUACUAUGUCAGCGUGCAUGUGGUGUGUGGAAUUGCCUCUUUACUGUCGAAAUCGGGCGUUGGCCUGUCCAAGGAUUGAUCUGCGGAUGCGAGUGGGAGAUGAGAAAGGAACGAGUUUCGUGAGCAUUAAAUGGUCAGCAUGUGGUGAUGGGAUGGGAAAAACGGGCACUGCUGUAAAACUCUCCUUCU